AUGUCGAAGUUUCGUCGCAUUUUGACAUACAUUCUGGAUCUGGGAGUCAAUCCUAAGCGUCAGCCAUUGGAUGAAGAGGAUCUCAAGCUCGCGGCUUAUUUGAUUGACCUCGGUGAAUCGAUCGAUAAGGGAGACUUUGAUAUUGAAAUGGAACAGCACCUUUCAAAUUUUGAAGACGAUCUACAGGAUUUGAGUAAGUUUCAGUUCAGUGAAUCAUUACAUGACUCGUCUAUGCCGAAGGAUGCUCUUCUCAUUGUAGAUUCGUGGAACAGCUGGAAAGACACUGCCGCCAUCGAUUCGGUCACCCCUUCAUCCCACAAGUUGAAAUUAUUGACGAUUCCUGCUGGAUGCACUGGGCGUAUCCAACCAUGUGCUGUUGGCAUUUUUGGAUCCUUCAAGAAAGUUGUGAAGACACUCACCAACUAUGCCCAAUUGACCAACAGCAACUACAAGUUUCAAACCAGGGAUGAAACUCUGAAGCUCCUCUCCCUCGUCUGGCGGCAGCUGUGCUCUCCGAAGCUCGAGAAGUGGGCCCGAUAUGCUUGGGUUGCAGCUGGAUACGAUGUGCCCCGUCCAGCAAGUUUCGAAACUCCAGCACAACUUCUGUUUCCACGAGGUGUCGCUGGAGAUUGUACAAUGCAUGGUUGCUCCAGCACAUCGUUUGUGAAGUGUCUCUAUUGUGAAAAAUUAUUCUGUUUCGAACAUUUUGUCAUUGACCAUCACAACUGUUGA